CGGACGAGGUUGGCUUAUCCCAGUCACUUGAUCAUAACAAAUCCCUCGUCACCUCGUAACAUUUUAUGCAACAUUUACCAAAGAUGGGCUUAUUUUCCACUUCAUCACCUUUCGACCAGAUCGUCGAAAAGGCUACAAGUGAGAAGAACACAAGUGAGGACUGGGGACAGAUAAUGGACAUAUGUGAUCGUGUUAAAGAAAAUAAUGUUGGCCCAAGAGAUUGUAUCAAGUCUGUAGCAAAAAGACUUAAUUCAGAGAACCCCAGGAUUGUUUUACAGGCAAUAACACUUCUAGAUGCAUGUAUCAACAACUGUGGCCGCAAAUUUCUCCUAGAAGUAGCAAGUAGAGACUUUGAGCAAGAACUUCGGAAACAUCUCACCAGUACACGAACUCAUCACAAGGUUUCCGAGAGACUCCGAGAAAGUUUAAAGAAAUGGGCUGAGGGUGAAUUUAAAGGUGACCCUCAGCUGGGUCUCAUUCCAGCACUCUACAAUAAGCUUAAGCAAGAUGGUUAUGACUUCAGUGUGCAGUCAGAUUCGCCCAAGAAAACAACAACAAAGUUUAGCACAGACCCUAACGUGGUACACAGUAAACAAGAAGAGGACGACAUUGCUAGAGCCAUUCAGUUGUCCCUUCAAGAAUCUGGAGGAAAUGGUUCUCCUAGCUCACAGCAGUCUUCUCGCCCAGUUUCCAGCAGUCUUUACUCAUCCGCUACAGCUGCCCUGAAUGCUGACACUGAUUCUACCAUUACCAGCACUUCACCUCCAGCCAAGGAACAUCAGAAAGCUAGAGCACUCUAUGAUUUUGAAGCAGCUGAAGACAAUGAACUCACCUUUAAAGCUGGAGAGAUAGUUCUAGUUCAGGAUAGCAGUGACCGGAAUUGGUGGAAAGGAACAAAUCAUAGAGGCGAAGGCCUUUUUCCUGCUAACUUCGUUACCUUGGAUCUUAAUAUCGAAUCGGAACCAUCAAGAACAGAGAGUGGGAAGAGAGUGUCAUUCUCAGAAUGUGUAGAGGUUACCGAAGUGGAAGGAGCAGGUGGUGAAGAUAAUCUAGAAUCUGCAGAAAUAACUGGGGAAAUAGACGAAGAAAAGAUUGACAGACUGCUCCAUGUCUUGCAUGAAGCUGAUCCCACUGGAGAACGACCUGAUCCUCAGGAACUUGCUUUUCUUGAGGAGCAAGUGAAUGCCAUGGCUCCAACGAUUGAUGCUGAACUUGAGCAGAUUGACCGUAAACAUGCACUGCUAGCUCGAAUCAGUACUGAUUUAGUGGAUGCUCUUGGCUUAUAUCACCAACUUAUGCGUGAUAUGCCACCUACGCUGGGUGGGUACUAUGUACCGAAGAACCCAGGACAGAUGCCUGGCUAUGCUCAGUCGCCAACACCAGGCAUACCACCGCAGAUGUAUGGAGGACCCAAUCAGUUUGUAACUUACAUGGGCCCUCCUCCACCUGGCGCCCCAAUAGGGCCAGUCUCUUUUCAAAACAUGCCUCCGUCUUCUAUGCCUGGGGCAGCACCAGUUCCUCCAUCUCAGCAACAAAUGAGUUCCAUGCCUAGACCCAACCAACCUUUACACAAUCAGGCAUCUCAUGGUCCUUCCAUGCCAGGUCCACAGCCACCACAUGGGCAAGCUAUUCCUCCACCUGCAGAUUUCCAGCAGAUACCUCCAAAUAGUCAUGAAGGAUCAGGAGCCAGUUUGAUGCCAAGCUAUGGACAUUUCCCUGUUUCUAGUCAUUAUGGACCAGUGCCUGCUCCUCCCCCCAGUGGACCCCCGGAACACUCAAAUGGACCACCAAAUACUUUCCCUGUCUAUUCCCAGCCACAGACAGCGCAACAGCCGCUCCUAUAAACUUGAGGACUAAUUUUAACCACUUGUGAUUUCCUUUUAGAAUUUGGGAAAAUGUAGAAGUUUCUUUUCAUAAAGGAAUUAGUCAGAGCCUUUAUAUUAUAAACUUCAUUUAUGGCUCAUUUUUUCCAUAAUAGGAUUUAUUAACACUUAUGAGUUAACAAUUUUAUGGCCACAUUGUACAGAUAUUUAAUUGUUAAAUUGUUUCAAUCUUGUAUUGUGAAUGAUGAAAAUAACAACUUCGGAAGCAUGUUGUAAAAUGAAGAUUUAAUAACCACAACAUUAUGAACAGAAUGCAGUCUUAAGAUAUUAUUUCCUGGUAAUUUUAUCAUACCAGGGUACUUUAAAAGUAUGGUACAAGUUGUUUUGUCAACCUAUGAAGUUUUGUUUGGCUUUAGUGUUUAUCCCUUAGGAAUUUAUAAUUAAUAAACCUGUGAUGAUGAGUGCUGUCGUAGAUACAUUUGAGGCACUGUGAGGCAGAGAAGAAUAAGUGCUGCCAAAUUCAAACAAUAGAGAAAAAUGCUUAUGUGAGAGAGAUCAGAGCUAAGAGGCUGAAGUUACCAUACUUUGUUCUGGGGCUCUGAACCUAAUUUACAGAUGCAGAAGACAGUACACAUUUCCAACAAUGAAACAUUGAGGAAUUAGUUCACUUUCCCGGCUUCUGGCUGUGGUGGCGCUUAGUCUUUGCUGCCAUUCAGUGCCUAAAUUAACCCUUUGAGGGUCGACAGGCCCUCUCCGAAACUCGUUCUCAGGGUCGGCCAAAUUUAAAAAAAAAAUAAAUUAUUUUCUCUUAUGAAAAGAUAGAGAAUCUUUUC